GGUUCAAGUCGCAGCUAGAUGCAAAGUUGCAGUGAAAUCGCCGCGUUUUAAAAAUUUAAACCACUACGAUAUCUCCUUUGCGAAAUUGUCUACAGUUCCAGUCCAGUUGCAAAGGCUAUGUGAACCAUUAACAAACCAACAAGAACAAAGAAUACCAAGCAUCAACUGUUGAUGUAAAUUUGAAGUCGACCGAACGAAACGAUAGAACGAGGAGCGGACAGAACGUUAACAAAAAGCGGUGCAAAACGUACGCAAUCACUAGCUCCCACCGCCACCCCAACUUAUUCGAGCACAGCUGCCAGUGGCUAGUGCAGUAACGACCACAGUUGCACCAUUGCUUGUUGGACUAGAGUUUUGAAAUUGUGUGCGCGUGUUUGAAGCAGCAGAAGCAAAAAGGAAAACAAGAAAACAGCGUUGCUCUCGUUUUCCAUUCCGGACAACAGACACCUCACCAAUACCCUCCGAACUCCUUCCUACUAACACAAAACCCAAAAAGCCACAAUGAGCAGAAGAGAGCGUUUAUUUCAUGAGUGGUUCAAUUUGUUCGCACUGAUCUGGAUGAUCAUCACAGACAUCUGUUUCAAUGCACACUGUUUGAAGGAUCUGAAGAUUUUCGUGCCGGAGGCGGUCAUCAUGGGCAAUGCAGCGACGCUUUCAUGUCAAUACGAUUUGGAGCAGGCUGCACUCUACUCAGUGCGCUGGUAUUUCGGCACCGAGGAAUUCUAUCGCUACGUGCCUAAGGAGUCACCGCCCACGUUGGUCUUUCCCGUGUCUGGCAUUAAUGUCGAUCUUGCGAAUUCAGAUGCCACCUCGGUGACGCUAAAGGGCGUCAAUCGCGAACUAACCGGCAACUACCAGUGCGAAGUGUCCGAAGAUGCUCCACUCUUCCACACCGACAUACGCGCCGCACACAUGCAGGUCAUCGAACUGCCCAACGAUGAGCCGGCCAUGCAGGUGGACAAGAAGGUCAUCACAGCGAAUGACAACUUCAAGGCCGUUUGCACAGUGGGACCGUCCUAUCCGCCAGCUAAUAUAACAUGGUACAUGAAUGGCCGCAAGAUCUACAAGACCCCCUUCCAGCGCAUUAAUCAUGUUGCCUUUGAAGGCUCUUCCACGUACUCUUCCCUCGAGAUCUAUCCACACAGUCAGGUGCUUCAGGGAUUUUUCCAAACGGUGCCCAAAUACCAAACGACGAGCAUUCUGCUGCUUUGCGAAGUCUCCAUACUGCAUGUCUUCCACAAGAACGUGCAACAACGCCUGCUGCUGAGCAUAGCGCCGCCCACCACCAUCUCGCCCAACCUGCUAGGCCUGGAGGGCUCGAAGCGCAUCAACGGCGAUCCAGACAAUUCGGCGCUCACUGGCGGCGGCGGGAGCAGUGGCAGCAGCUGCAGCAGCAAGAAGCGGAUAGGCGUAACCGCGGUCAUUGGCUUGGCAUUCGCUUUGCUGGCGGUGGGCGUAUGCCACGGCGGCAUGAUGGGCGAUCUCACAGGCCAUGGAAUCCAGCUAAUAAUAUUAGCUGCUGGCAUGCGUCCAGCGGUGGCGGGGAGUUUGUUGGUGAGUCAGACAGCGUUCGCUGCGUGGGAAAAGGCAUCGAUGGAGGUGGAGGUGGCAGCAACAGCAGCAGCAGCAGCAUCAGCAGCCGCUGCUGGACGGCAAACAAGGCGCCAGCUGUGACCUCGUAGCGGCGCAUAAAUUAGUGACAACCUCAGUGAUGGCAAACAAAAAAGCAACGACUGCUAAGCAAAUAGCAGCCGACGCAGCAGCCAGAAAAACUGCAGCUACGAGGGGAUGAUGGACAUACCAAUACGGCAUGCAAACUAUACCAGUAGAAAAGCAUUAAAUUACAGCAACAAAAAAACCGCAACAAAACCAAAUAAACUACAAAAUAGUAAAGGUUGGUUUUGCACAUAAAAUGAAAUUUGUGAAAAGAAGAAAUAAAUUAAAUUGAAUAUCUAUAACAUGAACUAAAAAUUGCAACACAAAAAAAAAAUCAAAAACUGAUAAACGAAUUACUUGAAUAAUGUAAAAAUAAUAAUAAUUAAAUUAAUUGAAAUAUUGGAUGGCAACAAUAAAGGCAAACCGCUACAAAAACAAAUACUGCAAUGACAUGCAUUAUGUAUAAGCAAAAACAGAAAACAAAAAAAAAAACAAAAAUUACAAAAAAUAACUGCAAACAAAUAAAAGCAUAAAUAAAUAGAGUAAAUAAGGAAACACAAAUUCGAAAUACUAAUUAAAUGCAAAUUACAUUUUUAAGCAGCAAACUGAACGCAUAUUGAGUGUAUCAUAAAAUGCAAACGUGGCGAAAACAAAAAGCGAAAGAAAUUAAUAAAAUAAAUUUUAAAUGUGUUAGUGCGAAAAGCAGCCCCAAAUGCAAAUUAAAAAGCGCAAAAUAUGCCACCAAUGUAAUGUAUUUGCAUACAUACGUACGUAAAAGUAUUUUAGCGGGUAUUAGAAUCAAAAUUGGUCUAAGUAGUUGUAAGGCUUCCGAAAAUCGCGAACUAAAAAUUUAGUUUUGCAUACGCUGAGGCUAAAAUUUACAAUUUUACUUGAAAAAUAUUUCAAAAUGGCAGGCUGCGACUUCUCACGUUGCGUGUUACGUACAUACAUACCUAUGUAUAAGAAGACUGCUUAAUGAUGCGUUGAUGUAAACCAUUUUCUUUUUUUUUUAAUUUGUUUAUAUUAAGCUUCCAAACCGGUGUCCACCGAUUUUUUUAGAUAUCUAUAGGCGGCUUUUUUGAAACUUUGAUUUUUCAAAUAUCGAAUAAACCGCAUUUUUUCGAACAAACCGGGUCUUUUUUUUAAAUUCUUACAAAUUUUGACCUCUCAAAAAAAGCUUUCAGUUUUUCGUAGUUUCAAGGUUUGUUCCGGUUUAAGAGAAACCCCUAAAUACUGAGUUUUAAAAUUAUAUCCUAGGUCAUUUGGAGAUGAAUACGAUCGUAACAGGAUACUAGUCAGUAUCGUGGCAAGAUAACAGGAGGUAGGAUGUCCCUAACUAGCCGCAAAGUCGUACCGAAAAGGUUCCGAAAUGAUCCAAAAUAGGUCCCAUAAUAUAGCAACGAGCUGUGUUGUUGGAACAGCUGAUUAGAAUUGUUGUGAUUAGUACUACUUUUGAAUUCGUCUUUAUUUACUCGUGACGGGUUAACCUACCGAGAGUAAAGAAUAAACAUCAAAAAGUAUUAUCAGUAUUAGGGCUUAAUGAUCUGUUGUCCCAACUCUUAACCCACGAUCACUUGCGUACAUACAUUCCACCACUUAUAAUUUUGGUUAUACGUAUUUGUUUUCUUAAUUAGAGAAUCCUUACACCAGGCUGAGUUCCAUACAGGCACCGUUGGGCUCUGCAUCUCGCAAGAGUACCAAUUCUUUUAUUUCCUUCAAAGCCUCCAUAAUCUGGCUCACACUACAAGGUAAACUUGCUAUGGGUUCCUAGUUUGUUCAGUACAUUAUUGCGACUUUUUAUGUAUUAUAGCUCAACCAGCCACCAACGGAGCGCCCUUCGGUACUUGCCGUCCGUAUCCAUAAUUCAAUAAUUAACCCUCUAAUGGCCAAGCCUGCCUCUUGGCCGUUUCACAAAAAUCGCACUGGCGGCAAAUGUAACCGAUUUUAUAUUAAACACGAUUUUUUACAAUAGCUAAUGGAUACGGAAAAAUAUUUGCAAAAGCUUUGCAAGCUUUCAAAAGC